AUGAAGCUUUUACAUUUGUUCCUUGUUGUGAUUAUUGCUGAAGAAGUUUUCUCGGGUGAUGGCAAUUCUUGCUCAAGUCCACCUUUGUCGUUCAGCCCAAGCGACAUUGCAAAUAGAUUGGACAACAUCAAAGACUUCAUCGGUGAUGCUGUAUCAGAAUAUUUAACAUUUUUCGAAGGCGCUGACAUCAGCGGUUUCGAUGGCACAAAUCAAGAAAAAUCGAAUAACGCUGCUCUCCUCCUGAAUGUUCUUAAAUCUAUUCUUUUGCAAUACGAAAUAUCAUCAUCUCCAGAAGAUUUCUUGCCACAAAUUAAUGCUAUAAUUUUUGAUAUACAAUCAACUGGAAAUCAGAAGAAAAUUGAUGAAAUUGUAGCAUCAGUAAAUGUUAUAAACGAAAUUCUAUUUUCAGUUUUGGAUUCAAUUAUUGCUCAAAUCGCAACUGAAACUAAUUCUUCUGUUGAAUACUUGAGUUUCGUUAUGACACAACAAAUUGAUACUGCCGAUUAUCCAAUUUCUUGCAUUGCUGUAGCAUUAAUUCAACUGUAUCAAUUUAUGUUUAACACAUAUGAAACGAUUGAAAAUGCUGCUAUUGCAGCCAAAGCAAGUCUUGAAGCAAUGCCAUAA